AUGCGUUGGGUUUAUAAUGGUGGUAGCACUUUCAGUCAUCAUUUGGUUCAAAUGGAGGGUAGUGCAGCGCAAGGUAAAGCGAUAUGGGAUACCGAGGCAAUACAGUUUUUUUGCGAUUUCUGUAUCAAAGAGGUUGAAGGUGGACACCGACUUGGGACACAUCUUGACAAAGUUGGAUGGGAAAAUGUAAUUCAAAAAUUUAACGAAGCAACUAAACGAGUGUAUAAAAGAACACAAUUGAAGAAUAAGUGGGAUGCUUUGAAGAAUGAUUGGAAACUUUGGAAGGAACUUGUUGGGAAGGAAACUGGUUUAGGUUGGAACGAUAAAAAGAAUACUAUUGAUGCAUCUGAGGAAUGGUGGCAUAAUAAAUUGCAGAUUCAUCCUAACGCAGCGAAGUUUCGCACGCGGGGAAUUGAACCAGAGUUUGAGGAUAAGUUGAAUAGGAUGUUUACUAAUACUGUGGCCAUAUGGGUGUAUGCUUGGACACCCGCAUCUGGACAGUUGCCAUGUGAGGAUGAUAAAAUAGCAAACGAAAUGAUAUCUCCAAUUGAACAACUUGAGAGUAGUGGAUCGUCAGAUGCACCUAGCGGAAGAGAAAUGCCACAAGACCCUAAGAAGAAGCAUCCAAUCGAGCUAGAUGAAGGACAAAAGAAAUUCAAAAGAGGGAAAGGCAAGGAAAAAGUGGGCGGUGCGGCCAAAUUGUCUCAACAAAUUGAGCGCCUUGUCACCGUAGUGGAGACUAUUAGUACCGGAUCAUCCAUUGCACAAAGUAAAGGACCAGAUUAUAGCAUGACACGACUUGUUGAAGUCCUUGAAUCUCUACCUGGAUUAGAGAGUGGGAGCGAGUUGUAUUUUUUUGCUAUCCACUUGUGCACAGACACGAUUAAAAGAGAGUCAUUUUUUGCUUUGAAACGACUUGAGUUGCAGCUCAACUGGCUUAAGUUUGAGCACGGCCUAGGAUCAUCCUCUUAA